UUUGUAAAUACCUAAAAGAGCCAACAUAAAAAUUAUUAGGGGUUAUUGAGAGUUGAGACAUAAAUUGCAAUCAAAAUCCUAAUAAAAAAUAGUUUUUAAAAUGACGUUUUAAAUUCGCACUAAAAUGUAAAUUCGUUUUAGAUAGUACUAUGAUAAUUUACUAUGGGAUUUUCUUUAUAAUAGGACAUUACAUGCAUAUAUAAAGCUUGAAUGAUUUUUUAAAUAUAGCUUGCGUAAAAUUAAGCUAACAAUGUUUAUGUGUAAAUUAAAUUAUUUGGAAAAUCUCCCUUCAGAAAUACUAGUUCAAAUUUUCAAACAAUUAAGCUUACAAGAUAUUAGGAGUGUAAUGCUUUCUUGUAAGACAUUUUACAAUUUAAUUAUUAGCGAUAACAGGUUGUGGAAAUAUCUCUUCAGAGAAAAACUAAUUGUACACAGCCCCUACAAUUCUACAAUCACCUUAACAUGGUAUAACAAAUGCAGAAUAUCACAGAACUGGUGCAAAGGCAUCUUUAAAAGUAUGACUAUUAUUCAUCAUAAAACAAACUAUAUGCCGUGGUUGCAAAUGUUUCCUGAAGUGCUGUACCUUUCGGUUGGUUCUAAGCUUGAAUGCUACUCAACAAAUUUUGUCUUACAUAAUAAAAUGUUGUGGAGCUUGGAUGUUCCUAUUGUAAAAAGAUAUGAUGUGAGAACUAAUGACAUAUCAAGAUUCAUUGUAAAGGACAACUUGAUUGUUUGCGGGAACAGAGAUGGUUCCACAGCUAUAUUUGAGAAAUUUGAAGCCAAAAGAAAACCUCAACUAUUAAAGCAUUUAAAAAAUUGUCAUGAUGAUGGGCACAUUGAAGUGACAGCAGUUGAAGCUAUAGACCGUUUGUUAGUAACUGGGACAAGUUCUGAUUCAAACAUAUGUUUAUGGUCACUUAAAAGGGAUAAGAAUAGUAAAAUGAAUGUUAAAAGUCCAAAGAGCGUAAAGCUAAGUGACUGUGUUGGCUGUAGAUCAUUAGCCAUUAACGAGCAGGAAAAAAUGCUAGCAAUUGGCCCAAAUGGAAAUUGUAAGCCUCUUUUGCUUGACUUAAAUAUGGAAAAGAUAUGUAUGAACUCCAAUAUAGCUGUAGACACGAAACGUGUUAUAAGAGACAUUCAAUGGCAUAACCAAAAUGAAUUGGUUUAUGUAACGCAUGCUGGUACGCUACAUCACUUUGAUAUACGGACAGGCACAAUUACAUAUGAAACCACAGACCCGUUACAAGCAUCAUUGUAUUGCGUUAGGACAGAUAGAGAACGGGCCAUAGUUGUUGGAACCUCGGAGUACUCUCGCUGCGUACUUUUCGAUUUACGUUCACCGUCACAUGUGCAGAUGUAUUUUACCCAGAAAAAGUCUUCGCCAGUGUAUAGUUUAGACUUUGAUUCAACAAAAUUGCUGGCAGCCGUUGAUAGAGGAGUGGCCAUGUUGAGGUUCAAUGUGAACCCGAGAACAACGACUGUACGAGACUAUUCUCAUACUUUUGAUACUGUUACAAAUAUACAGAGAUAGUUUUACAGUGAAAUGUCACAAGAUAUACAACCAUGAAAGAAUUUUGACCAAGAUUCUGGACUUAAUCAUGUUUUUUUAUUAUGUAAAUUAAAGUAGAAUUUUUUAGCUUUUCAUCCAUGUUGUUAAUCUUUUUUUUCUUUGAAAUGAAGUCAAAAUAUCUGAAUUACGUCAAAUUUUUUGAACAAUAUCUAAUAAUAAAUAAAUAAAUAAACUGAAGGAGUUCAUGUAAGAUACUAAAAAGUGUAAUUUUAAAAUCCAAUAUGCAAUAUUAAAGUUUUAUUAACUAUUAUUACUUACAAAAUAUUCUAGUUUAUAAUAUUAAAGUAGGAAGGUAAGUGAUCACUUGUGUCCAUACUUUCUUGCUACACUAAGUUAAAAAUAAUUUUAAUAAAUAAUUUUUAGUACAAGUUGAUUCUUAUUUUUAUUAUUAUAAGUUUACGACUAAUCACAAUUAAUAAGUGUUGCUGUGAUGGGUAAAUAUUAUAUUUGUAUAGAUGGAGUUAUUUUAAAAGACCAAUAAUAUUAUGUGAAUUAAAACCUUGAAACAAUCAUAAUUAAAUCCAUGGAUUUAACAGUUUGUCGUUAUAUACAUUAAUAUUUAUGUGAGAAUCAAAUAAAACAAUUUCAGUUAAAA